CCAACCCAAUCAAAGUCAGCAAACUUCAACGACUCUCUCUCUCUCUCUCUCUCUCUCUCUUCAGCGGGUACUCUAUCUAACCUCGUUUGCUACUGAUCCGAGAGGAGGAAUUCUGUAUGCCUUCAUUACCCCCAAACCAAUUAUUGCCCUCACAGGUUACCUGGUAAUAAUAACUUAAGAAAGAAGUUGAUCUUCUAUGGUUGACGCCACCACGGCAGUCUCAAAUUCUGAGCAGCCAAACAGGUAAAAGAAAAAUGCUUCAACACCAAAUUGUACAAUCCCCUGCGAGGCUUGGCCUUACCAAUCCUAAUUCACCCUCUCUUCCUAAUCCCACUCCCCCAAAGAUACCUCCGUCCCACCAUGUGUCCUCAAAUUCCUCAGCCACCACAACCACCUCUUCCACCCUUCUCUCUCUUCUUCCUCCACUCCCUAGAGCUCAAUCCCUUCUCAUCCAAAUGGCUUCUCUUGCCUCCAAACUAUUUGAAGUUUCUCCAAAUCGUUCUCUUUGGCUCACUGCGUUUCGUGGCGCCCUCCCCACCUUCCUUUCUUCCCAGCCCCACCCUCAAUCCUCUUCCUCUUCCCACUCGCCAGACUCUUUUCCUUCUUCCACUAAGGAAAUCCUUACACUAUUCACUGCUUACCAGACCCAACUCUUUGAGGCUGUUGCUCAGCUCCAAGAGAUUCUUGAUCUCCAAGAUGCUAAGAAUAAAGUUGCACGAGAAAUCCAAUUUAAGGACUCUAUGCUACUUUCCUUUGCUAAUAAAGUGAAAGAGGCCGAGCGUGUUCUUGACAUUCUUGUUGAUGAUUACUCUGAUUAUCGCCGUCCCAAGAGAUUAAAAUUGGUUGAUGACACUAUAGAUGAGGAAGAAGAAGAUGAUGAUGAUUCUUCUCAUGCGACCACCAAUACCACUGUUGCAUCACAGUUGAAUUUAUCAGAUAUCUUGUCCUAUGCUCAUCGAAUAAGCUAUACAACAUUUGCACCGCCUGAAUUUGGCGCUGGUCAAGGAAACCUUUCUGGCGCAUUACCACCAGCACCCCAGGAAGGACAAAUGCGAGCCUCUCAACUAUACAAUUUCGCAUCUUUGGAUGUUGGCUUGCCUAAGAUGGUAGAGAGUGAGGAGAAGGCUUUCGAGCCUAUGAUUGAGCCUGCAGCUCCGUUGCCAGCAGAACCCAACCCACUUUCCAAUUUGGCUGCAAUUCAAGGUCUGCUUCAUCCAAACAUCACUGUUCCAUCAGGAUGGAAACCAGGAAUGCCUGUUGAACUGCCAAGUGAGUUGCCCUUGCCUCCACCUGGAUGGAAGCCUGGAGACCCGGUGCCUUUGCCCUCCUUGCCAUCCCUUCCUGUUCCUAGAGCUGGGGAGCAACGAUUCCGUCCUAAGCAACCCGAACCAAUACAAGUUCGUCAUGUUCAGCUUGAUAUCCUUGACCAAGAUGAUGACAGCAGUGAUUAUAGCAGUGAUGAUGGAAGCUCCUCCGAUGAUGAUUAGAGCUCUAAUAGGUACUAAACUUUUUCUGUUUAUAUAUCUAUAUCAUAAUGAGGUUGCUUUUUUCUUUUAACACAAAACAUUGUUUACUCUCUUUGGAAAAAUAUCUAAGGUAAGGGAAGAUUAGGAUUGAGAGCAAAGAAUGUUGGACUUUGAAUUUUGUCUAAUUGUGUCAUUCAUUGAUCAUUUAGUGAAAACACAUAAGAACUUAUCAGCUAACUUGUGUUUCUUUUUUUCCAUUUUGUUACCCAGAAAGUUUGUUACUUUGUAAACGGAGAAGAACCAACUGUAAUGACUAUAAAUUUAUUAUCUUAUAGAAUUAAAUCAAUCUAAACAAAGUUUAAAUAUCAA